GUCGUCUUCUUGUCGUGGAUCUUUCGAGUCUUUUUCCAUCUGGGUUUUUCCUUUCUUGCGGUUCUGUCGCAUGGCGCGUCUUGAUUUUCUUGUUCUUUUGCUGGUUCGAUCUUUGCGGUCGCUUUCGAUCUCUCUUGGAAUUUUCUUUUGACCGGGUUCGAAUCGAUGUCACGAAUCGCGGGUAGCUCGUCGCGUUCGUUUCCUGCGUUUUUUUUGCUACCGUCCAUCGUCGCACAAGUUGGGACUCGUGUGCUUAGUGUCGUAGGUUCUGGUCGGUGGUGAAAGAACCGGUUCUUGAUAGAGCCCGGCGGAGACUUCGCGUCGGUUCUGGAAUUCCGGGUCGUGUUCUUUCUGUGUGUCCGGUGCCGCUUUCCUGCCUCAAAUUUCUUGCUGUGCGCCGUUUGGGGUUCUGAUCUUUAAGGGUGAUGGAGUGUUCAGGAGAUCAUUGUGGAGGAUAGGAGAUUUUAAGAGUGCUUAGUGGGAAAGCAUCGACAGUCUAGAAUGCCAAAAGAUAGAACAGUCCGUUCCAUUGUUGACCAUCGGUCUUCAGCAGCUCCUUAUCCCUGCUCCUCCCAACAUGUUAAGUUGUGUGAUUCCGGUGACCCAGUUGAUUCAGCUAAAAACAUUAGGGAGUGGGAGGAAACUAGGUGCCCCGUUUGCAUGGAGCAUCCUCACAAUGCUGUCCUGUUGAUAUGUUCAUCUCAAGAAAAGGGAUGCCGGCCAUACAUGUGCAACACCAGCCACCGCCAUUCUAAUUGUCUCGACCAGUUCUAUAGAUCACCAGUUCCAUCUCCCUCGACAGCAUUACCUCAACAAGUCCCUCCAUCCAGCACAAUAGAGGGAGAGAUGAUAUCUAGUAGUAAUGGCCUUUGCGGGGGUGGUGCGGACUCGAAGCUUGUCUGCCCUUUCUGUAGAGGGAAGAUAUUGGGUUGGGUUGUCAGUGAUGCUGCUCGCCAGUACAUGAAUUCCAAACCGAGGAGUUGCUCCUUGGAGACAUGUACGUUCACUGGGACUUACUCGGAAUUAAGGAAGCAUGCUAGAUCUGAGCACCCAUACUUCAGGCCAUCUGAAGUGGAUCCGUCACGGCAGCGUGAUUGGAGGAGGUUUGAACGGGAAAGAGAGCUCGAAGAUUUCCGGAGCACCCUAGAGUCAGCUUUUCUUGAGGAUGAAACGGAUGCUGGCCAAUUGUUGACGGCAGAAAAUGGAAGUCUGGAUCGAAUGCCCCUGUUUGAGGUUGAUUGGUCCUGGGCCUUGACUUUGGCAGAGAUUGUGAAUGGGUACCUCUUGCAGAGCUUUGACCAAAGCAGUAGACAGAUGCGAAGCCGCAUGCCAGUGCGGAGGACACCGCGGGGAAGAUAUGGAUACGAGUCGAAUGGGAGUGCGCGAAGAGCCAACGACUUCUCUGCCAGUAGGCGUAAUGCCCAGAGGCUUCGGUGGCGGGAUCACAGAUGGUUGUCAUCUAGCAAUAGGCGGUGAUUGGAACCCGGCAGCCCUUUAAUUAGAUUUGUAAUUGUCUUACAUUGUCCUUUUGCAACAUAAAAUCAAUAUAUAUUGUCAAGCUUGUUUUAGUUC